AUGAUAUCCGCCGCAUACGGCGGCCGGCAGACAGUGCUAGCAUCCACUACUGAGCAGCAACCUGCUGCUGAAGAACAAUACAUCUCCACCUUCUUCUGCCGCGCUCUCUACGACUACCAGACCUCAGAUGCAUCCUCUCUCUCUUUCCGAAAGAACGAUAUCAUAGAGGUCCUCACCCGUCUGGAGUCGGGGUGGUGGGACGGCUUAUUAGGCGACGAGCGUGGUUGGUUUCCGUCCAACUAUGUGACAGUUAUCUCAGAUCAAGAGGCCGAAGCUGCGCUCAAUGGAUCCGAGUUCUCGACCGCUCAACCGGCUCUCGCAGACGAAUCAACAGUGGACAUGGCGCACAGCAUGUCUCAGGCGUUAUCUCAAUCCGACCGUGACGGGGAUUGGCUGCAUGAUGAGUUUGAGUACUCGACUCAGGGUCACACUGCGAACGGUCAUUCAAACGGCAAUCCUACACAGCCGAGUGAUUUCUGGGUACCACAAGUAUCCCAAGAUGGUCGAAUAUUUUACGUGAAUACCCAGACGGGACAACAUGCCAGGGACUUGCCACAGGAAGCUGAAGAGGAUCCUGAUGGCGAUUUGGCUGGCUUGACAGCACAGCCUUCGUCUAGGGCAGGCACAAGUACGGGUAUGAACGCUGUCAAUGGGACGGACCCAGUAUCGUGGACGCUUCCAGUGUCAAACGCUCCUCCAGCUUACAAUGACGGCACUCCGAACAGCCAAGUCAAUGCUGGUCGAAUGCGCUCUGACUCCUCUCUGUCGCGGACGAGAGACCGCAGUAAUAGCGCCGCAGGGUUCAGCAUACAUUCCGAUGACUCGGAGGUCCAGCCGGCAUGGCGCGAUAGGUCGGAAUCUUCAGCAAGUGCGAAGAAUGAUGCGAACGGCUUGAGCCUUUCGAAUCCUAGUACAGGUAUACAACAACCACCGAAUCAGUUGGAGCUCACCCCACCUGAGCAGUUCGCAAGGUCAUUGCAGCAGGCGCUGACGCCGCCGUCACCCGAAUCCCCCCCCGAGUUGUCGAACCAAGUCCGGGAAGCGACCGCUGCUGUCAUGGAGUACCUUCAGUCUGUUGUAGCACCACGCCGAACGCAACAAUUCAGACAGAUCGACGAGCGCGUAUUAAAGGUCGUCACUACUGUCCGUAACCUGCUCUAUGUUACCGCGACUCCCUCCGGUCACAUUCCCACUCAUCUUUACCCUCGAGAUGGACAUGACAACAAGCCCACCAUUGGAGGUCAGACAUUGCAGACACACCUCAAGGCGGCGCACCGAAAAGUUGCAGGCACGUUGUCGAAGCUCGUUCUGUCUGCACUAGCAAUGCAGUAUGACCCUGGUGUGUCCACGAGCGAUAGACCGAAUCGCAUGGAGGCCGAUGUAGCCGAACUAGAACGCGCAGUUGUAGCGUUUGUGGUCGAGGUGCAGUAUUUCCAGGAUCAGAUUACCGUGGAACAGAAGCAUUCGAAACCUAUCACCAAGCGCUUAUAUGGCGUUUUCUCCACUGCCAAUGUUGGUUUGGGUUUGCCAGGAGCUGGUACGGCUGCCAGCUGGAAGGGGUUCGGUUACGUUCCGCCUGGAGAAGGAGAAGAGCUGCAGCUGUUGAACUUCACGGCAGAAUCUGUCUUAGAAAUGAAGAGUGCCGUCAGAUUCAUUAGUGAGAGGCUCGGAUCUAUCCCUACGGCACUCAAGCGCUCUGAGCUUGAUCGAGACGGAUGCAGACGGGAGAGCCAGUAUAUAAUUGCACACCUGUCCUCGACUCUCGACGUGGUCGGGAGUCUCAAUGUCGCACAUCAUGUCGACAUUGAUGGCGUUCGCAUGGAAUUGGCCCAGUCACCCGUCCAGAUACAGUACAUGCAGACCGUCGAGAGAGCCCGGUUGCUCGUUCGUACGAUGGAAGCAUCCGUGCAGUCUCUGUAUGACGACGGGGCUUCGUUUUUGAUGGCUGCCCAGAGCGGUCAUGCACCUCAUUACUCACAGAAUCCAUCCGCCUACUUGGAUUACCUUGACGCACUCACAGCCGCUCUCAUGAUGAACGCCAACGUCGUUAUCCAGAGCCUGGACGCCCUGUUGGCAGUUGGAUUCGACCAAUCUAACAUUGGGCAGGGCGACUAUAAUACCUCCAUCGAGUGGCGAAGGAGAAGGUCGUGCAUCAAACCAACUGAUGAUGUAUCGGAAGAGGAUAUCGUAGGCGUGGGGUUGGCGCUCAGCAAGAUAGGAUUCAGGAGUGUGGGUCCCCUCAGUACCACCCAAACUGAGCAGAGGACCUUCUACAAUGCGUCGCAGCCGUCAGAGACGUCCUUGGAUUCGUCCGACAGGUCACGAUCGGAUGACACCGGCGAGCCUGUUACGCCAACCUGGCAUGAGCCGUCCGAGUCCAGCACGCUGGUCCAGUAUCCUCCAGCAGGAAAACCCAUAUCCUCGAUGGACGAUGAUCCUGUACGCUUUAUCGACGAGGAUCCAGCGUCGUCCACUAAGUCUCCACCUAGGACGGGAGGGUCAAAGAUCAUAAAGGUUCUUGGGCCUGAAACUCCGCAGCAUUACGUCGACAAGAUGAAUGCAGACGCCAAGCCUUGGUACUUACGGCCAACUUACGACCAGUCAGAGAUCUUGGUGGAUCCUGAAGGUGGUGUCAGGGCCGGAACACCUUCAGCUUUGGUGGAACGCUUGACCGCACAUGAACUUGGAGAUCCUACCUUCAAUCAGAAUUUCCUCAUGACGUUCAAGUCAUUCAUAACUAUCGACGAACUCUUCGAUUUGCUCGUUCAACGAUUCUGGAUCCAGGCACCUCCUGGUCUCGCCCCUCCGGAGCUAGAAGAGUGGACGAAGCUGAAGCAACAUGUCAUCCGCGUGCGGGUCUUGAACACGUUCAAAACCAUGGUUACCGACGAUGGUAUCCUUGAGAAGGAGGACAUGUACAUCCUUACCCGCAUGAAGGAGUUUGCAUCUGAUGAGGAAGUGGUCAAUUUCGCUGCCGCACGGCAACUGUUGAUUUUGAUUGAACGUGCUCAAAGGGGAGGUGAUGGCCCUAUCAAGACUACUCAUGUCCCUUUGGCACCUCCAGCACCUAUCAUGCCCAGGAAUUCCAAGAGGAUUGAAUUGCUAGACAUCGAUCCAUUGGAACUUGCACGACAGCUUACGCUUAUGGAGGCGGCUCUGUAUAAGAAGAUCAGACCGAUGGAGUGCCUCCAGCGUUCGCGCGAGUCAAAACCUGGCAAAAAUCCCGACAACAUCACCUCCAUGAUCCAGUUGGCUAACCGAAUGGCGAAUUGGGUUGCUGAGUCUGUGCUGAGUAGAGAAGACUCGAAAAGACGAGCUGCUGUCGUAAAGCACUUCAUCAGCGUCGCUGACCGAUGUCGCGCAAUGCAGAACUUUUCAACCAUGACUGCUAUCAUAUCUGGUUUGAAUACCCCACCAAUCCGUAGAUUGAAGAGGACAUGGGAACAUGUUCAAGCCCGUGCAAUGUCGCAACUCAGGAGUUGCGAAACAACCAUUGACUCCGCUAAGAAUUUUAACAAUUAUCGUUCCUUGCUGGCAAGAAUCACCCCUCCUUGUGUCCCAUUCAUUGGCGUUUAUCUGACAACAUUGACUUUCAUUAAUGAUGGAGCGGAAGAUAAGUUGGGGGGCAACAUGAUCAACUUUCGUAAACGACAGAAAGCUGCCGAAGUGAUACAAGACAUCAAGCGAUGGCAGUCAAAACCUUACAACUUGCAAACACUCCCUUUGGUGGUUUCCUAUCUCGAGGACAGCUUCAGACAAUACGCCGAUGGGAUAGACUACGGCGACCAAUUCUGGAACCUCAGCUUGGAGCGGGAACCUCGUGAGCGAGAAGACGAGAAGAUGGCGAGGCUGUUGCAGGAGAGUGGCUUCCUCUAG